AUGUCCGCACAGAAGACAAUCACAAUCGUUGGUGCAACUGGCACUCAAGGAGCUUCCGUUGCUCGCACCUUCUUGGAGCUUCCCAACUGGCAAGUUCGCUGCCUGACUCGCCAUCCAACCUCUGAAAAGGCUAUAGAGCUAGAGAAGCGAGGUGCCGAACUUGUUCAGGGGGACCUCGAAGACGAAGCCUCCCUUCAGAGAGCAUUUGACAAUGUCCACGCUGUUUUCCUGAACACGGAUUUUUGGAUUCCGUUUCGAAAGGCCAUGGCUUUGGGGAAAGAUGCGGUUACUAGUUCCCAAGAAGCCUACGAGAUCGAAGUGAUGCAUGGGAAGAAUGCGGCCAAGGUCGCAGCAAGCAUUCCAACCCUCGAGCGAUUCAUCUACUCCGCACUGGGUCCCAUGAAGAAAGCAUCUAACGGAAAAUACCCUUCUUCGUAUCACUGGGAGACCAAAGCGAGCAUUGUCGAUUAUAUUGAGGGUCACCAGCUGGAAUUGGCCCGAAAAACCUCCUACGUCUAUAUCGGAGCUUAUAUCACCAAUGCGUUCCUCUAUCCCAAGUUCGACCCCGAAAGUGAGAGUUACGUAUCUAUUUUGCCUACAGGCAAGGAAACCCGUUUUCCCAUUAUCAACGUGCCUCGAUCUACCGGUCCAUUUGUCAGAGCCUUGGUGGUAGAUGAAGAACCACGAACAAGACUGCUCGCAUAUGAUGAUUACCUCUCAGUGGGAGAGGUCGGGGCCAUAUGGACUAGGACUCUUGGAAAGGAGGUGAAACUGAUCCAGCUGACCAUGGAAGCAAUGAGCGCAAAAACUGGGGUUCCGGUAGAAAUUCUCAUGGGUGCUGCUUAUUUGGGCGAGUAUAGCUACUGCGCGGGGGUCUCCAAUGUGAUAGAGCCUAUUCACCUCAAGACCCCUAUUGAAACACAAACAUUCGAGACCUGGCUCAAGGAGCAGGAUGCGAUGGAACUACUUGAGUUGAACAACUAG